GGAGAUUCCCAAACGUUGGCGCCAUCUCUUCUGCCGAUUUCAAAAGAUAAAAAACGCCGUCGCCUGUCAAUUGGAUUUUUUUCAACUCUCCGUUCCCUCUCUCUUCCUCCUCCUCCAAAUGUGCAAAAUGAGGAUGAAUCUUCCCUCGUACAUGGAAAGAUACACCGCCAUUUCUUUUUGUCUUUUGACCAUGCGGUGAGUAGUGGAGCGAGCGACGGCCAUAGGUGCCACACCCUCAAGAACCGCGUACUCACAACAUUUGUGUGUGUGUGUGUGUGUGUGAGAGAGAGAGAGAGAGAGAGAGAGAGAGAGAGGGUUGCGACGGAUGCGAAGGUGACGGAAUGAGACGAGAGAUGGCGGAGCGUCUUGAAAAUAGUAAUUAGUAAAAUAAUAAAAUUCCCAUUUUUUUCUUCUUUUUUUUAAUUUUUUUUUCAGAAAGGUGGCUGGAGGAGAAGGGUAGGGAAGCUUCUGGCAUAAAGUGAGUCGUGAUUGAAAAAAAACGAAAAAAAAAAACAAGAAGCUUGCCGAAAGAAAAGAAAAGAAAAAAAAAGGGGUCGUUGAAAGGUCGGGAAGGAAGGUAUGAUAAAUCACAAGUCGACGGAAGCUUCGGUGGAAGAUUCAGUAAAGGACAAGUCGACGGAAGGUUCGUGCGAAGAUUCAGUAAAUACGAGAUGACAAGUCGGGGGAAGCUUCGUGCGAAGAUUCAGUGAAUACGAACGCGAGUUAACGGGAUCGCGGCGAUGGGUGAAUCUUCCCUCCGCUGCUGCCGACACGCACAACAGACAAAAAGAUAUGGUGGUGAAUCUUCCCGUGUUCUAGGCGAAGAUUCAUUCUCACGUUUGCAGAUUCCGUGAGUAGUGAGUGGAGCGAGGCCUAACAGCGGCAAACGUAACAGGGAGGAGCAGUCUGAAAGUUCUCUCAUAACGGAAGGGAAAGUACGGCGGUAUUGGGAUCUGGAAUAGGGUAUAUAGUUUACUAGGAUCUCGAGGGGUAGGUAUCUUGGGGGGGGCGAUCAGGAGGGGUAUAAUAUUGUGUGUGUGUGUGUGGCGUGUGGGGGGGGGAGCGAUCUGGAGGGUGGUGUAAUAUAAAUAUCAGGGGUCUCUGGAUAGGAGGUUGGGGGGGCGGACGGGGAGGGGGAAGGGGGGAGGAGGGGCGGGCGGGGUAUUGAGUAUCGGGAUCGCGGUGAUGGGUGAGAGUUACGACAUGGAGCGCGCGAUCAUGGCAGUGGAUUCGAAUCCCAAUUCAGAUGGAGAAUUGGGAGGUGGAGGAGGAGGAGGAGGUGGUGGUGGUGGUGGCGUCGGGGACACGCGGCAGGUAGUCGUUGCCGUUGUGCAGGCCGCCUCCGUGGGCUUUGACACAGAGGCGACCUUGCAAAAAGCCGAGCAGUUGAUUGCCGAUGCCGCGCGCGCGAGCGCGCAACUUGUCGUUUUCCCCGAAGCGUUUAUUGGCGGCUAUCCACGUGGCACGUCUUUCGGUGUGGUGGUGGGGAACAGGAGCGCGCAGGGGAGGGAGGAGUUCCGCAAGUACCACGCGGGGGCCAUCGAGGUCCCCGGUCCCGUUACCGACAGGCUAGCUCUGGUCGCGAUGAAGGUCGGGAUCUUCGUGGUGAUGGGAGUGAUAGAGAGAGAGGGAGGUACUCUUUACUGUACGGUCAUCUUCCUCGAUCCCAUGAAAGGCUACGUGUCAAAGCACAGGAAGCUCAUGCCGACGGCGGCAGAGAGGUUCAUUUGGGGCUUUGGUGAUGGGUCCACCAUGCCCGUCGUGGACACGCCCAUCGGCAAGAUCGGGACCGCGAUCUGCUGGGAGAAUAGAAUGCCUCUCUUUCGAAUGUCUAUGUACGCGAAGGGGGUGGAGAUUUACUGCGCGCCAACGGCCGACAGUCGGGAUACCUGGCUCUCGACGAUCCGCCACAUCGCGAUGGAAGGGGGCUGUUUUGUCGUAUCUAGCAAUCAGUUUUGCAGGAGGAAAGAUUACCCCCCGCCGCCAGAUUACACGUUCGUCGCGAGUGCGUCGGGAUCGGGGGAGAUGGAGGUGGUGGAGCUCGAGCCCGAUGACGUGGUGUGUAGAGGGGGCAGCGCGAUUAUCGCCCCCUCUGGAGAAAUUAUAGCGGGGCCUAAUUAUGAUGGGGAAGCGAUCAUCACAGCCACAAUAGACUUGGGCGAUAUUGUCAAAGCCAAAUUUGACUUCGACGUCGUUGGCCAUUAUGCCAGACCCGAUGUCUUCCAAUUACAAGUGAAGGAAACGCCCAACACAGUGGUACGGUUCGUGUAGUAUAUACAGUAAUAAGUAAAACAAAAGUAGGAUA